GCAGUGAGUGAGUGAAAAUUGGGUUUUUCUUGUUGCUCAUUUUCUGUGAAGAGUGGAAAGAUAUUUAAAAGUAAAAGUGCUGAGAAAAUGAUUCAGAAAAGUGUAUUGGUCAUCUCGAUAUGUCUCGUGGGAGUAAUUGUGGCGGAGAAUGAAGGAAAUUCUGCGGUAGAUGAAUUUCCAUCUACGCUCACCACAAAUUACUCAUCAGAGUUUGGACCAUGGGGAAUCGUUGUUGUUCCUCCACCAGAAGCCAGACUUAAAUCACUGGAAAAGGCUCCACCAAUCGUGGUUCCCAAGGAUUCUGUACCCUUCCCAACCCUCUCCCCAUCUGAAUACAAGCGUCACUUGGAGGUGCUCAAAAAAUUUAACAUGUACCGUGAACUUCAGGGUGAAAAGGAUUCACACAUUGCAUCUGAAGGUCAGAAAAAUAUUCACGAAGCGCCACCGGAGGCGGAAGGUGCAUCAUAUAUCAUUGACGUGGAAAAAGAAUCAAGUUAAUUGUAAUGACAUUUAGUUGGUUGAUGGGAAAAUCAGCUGAAAAAUUGAAUUAUCUACCCAUUUUUCCAAUAUCCCAUUCUUCCCGGAAGCACAAUUUCUCCUCAUUAGCAGCAAAACUGCCAAUUAUAUUCCCACAUCGGUAAUUUUAUAAUGUUAUUAUUAUGGACUUUCAUUUACCUCAAACACAUGAUUCCUGAAUGAAGCAAAGAUCACAUCUUCAGUCGUUAAGCGGGUCAUGAACUUAACACCAGCGAAGUGACACAGGCAGCAAUUAUCAUCGACAACCAUUCUGUAUUUUGAUCUGUGUAAGAUUUAAUCAGUAAAAAUCUAUUAAUAAAGUAUGAAUUCUUGCAAAAGAGUCAGCGAAGGACAAAUAUUUCAUUGAUAAUCAAUAAAAUUUUCAGUGAAACUGAAGA